CUAAAUGAUAAAUCUCUAAUUCCCUAUGUUCUUCUGUUCUUCUUCACUUCAGUUCCUCUUCUUCACGAAUCACGCCGCCGUCGGCCCUUCGCCCUUCAGCCCUUCAGCUCUUCACGCCUUCACCGCUUCACGCCGCCAUCAGCUUCACGCCGCAUUCAGCUUCACUACUUCACGCCGUCUUGAGUGUGAGAUUCGAUAUCAAUGGAUUUGUGACAGGGUUUGGGAACCCAGACUGGUCAAGGACUCACGAACCUGCUAGUCAGACGUCUACCGUGGUCAAGACACUUGUUGAAGGAGGAGCCACAUGUACUGGAAGAACUGUUGUAGAUGACAUGGCCUUUGGUAUUAGUGGUGAACAAAGACAUUUUGAUACUCCAACAAAUCCGGCUAUGAAGCUGUUGGAGACAUUUUGAUACUCCAACAAUUUGUCUUUGAAUAUCAGGACUUCUGCUGCCUAUUUUUCUGCAGUAUAUAUAAUCAUUCCGAGUAGAGAAAUAAGGUUUGAAGUCAAGGAGCUUUUUAGCUUUGUUUUGUCCUUUUUAUUAUGUCCCAAAAGCCUGGUAUUUCAGUUGAGAAUGUAUUCGAUCCAUUGUUUAGUUUGUUAUUAAAAAUCUUUACAUCUUUUAUUGUUGCUAUUGUGAAUAUGAUAUACUAACAUAUUCCGUGUGGACUUCGACAGUUCGACUUCAAUAUGGUAUUACCGAAUACCGUACCGAUCCGAACUUUGAUUUACCGAUUACCGAAUUACCGAACCGAAGUUUGAAAGUUCGGUAUUUGGUAAAUACUUUGAAUUACCGAUUACCGAAUUACUGAAUCCAAACUUUGAAAAUACCGAACCGAAUACCGAACGCCCAGCCCUACUGAAAGGGAGGUCCCAUCACAUUGACGCUCUCUUUCAUCAUUUUCUGCAUCAAAUGCACCCAGAUUUGGAUCUCCAUUAAAACCCUAAUCAUGCUCUCUCGCAAACUUUGAUCUGCAUUUUUUCUCAUAAUUUUUCCAGAUUGAGAACCUUCGAAAACUAAAUUAUCAUCUGUUCAGGAGUAUUUCGCUUAAAUUUUGAAGAAGAUGUAUAUGGCAUAUGGAUGGCCACAGGUCAUCCCUAUGGAAUCAGGGCCAUGCCCUUCUUCGCAGCAAAUUUUGUACCUCAAAGUCAUCAAUCGUUUAUUGCUUGUGGUUUUCCCUACUCAUCUUGAACUAUGGUCCUCCUCACAGCAUAGAGUGAGAUUGGGCAAGUACAGGAGAAGCUCGGAUUCGAUUCAGAAGAAAGGCGAGAAUUUGCGAGCUGUUUGGAGUCCUGAUACUAAAUUGAUUGCAGUUCUUACCUCUUCCUUCUAUCUACACAUUCUGAAGGUCCAAUUUACAGAAAGGAAAAUACAAAUUGGAGGCAAACAACCAACUGGUUUGUUUCUAGCAAGCAUAACUUUGCUCUUGAAUGAACAUGUGCCUUUUGCUAACGGAAACUUGACAAUGAGCAAUGUAGUUUGUGACAAGAAACAUAUGAUAGUUGGGCUUUCUGAUGGAUCUCUGUAUAAUAUAUCCUGGAAGGGAGAGUUUUGUGGGGCCUUUGAUGCCUUUGAUCUUGAUUUUCAGUCUCAUGAUGGCAGUGGGGUUCCUAAACUAGCAAGUUCCUUGGAAAAUGGUUUUGCUUCUGGCGGGAGUUUAUCUUCUUCUAAAUUCAGUCAUCAUUUGUCGAAAAACUCUGCUGUGAUCCAUUUGGAGUUCUCCUUACCCUUAAGGUUGCUUGUUGUGCUAUUUUCUGAUGGACAAUUGGUCUUAUGUUCUGUGAGCAAAAAGGGUCUGAAGCAAAUGGAGUCUAUCAAAGCUGAAAAGAAACUGGGCUCUGGUGAUGCUGUAUGUUCUGCAGUUGCUUCAGAUCAACAACUCCUUGCUGUUGGUACCAGAAGAGGUGUUGUUGAGUUGUAUGACAUUGCAGAAUCUGCUUCGCUUCUGCGUUCUGUUUCUCUGUAUGAUUGGGGAUAUUCAGUAGAGGACACUGGUGCUGUCAGUUGUGUUGCUUGGACACCUGAUAAUUCAGCUUUUGCAGUUGGGUGGAAGUUAAGAGGGCUAACAGUUUGGUCUGUUUCUGGCUGUCGCUUGAUGUCCACCAUUCGUCAAAUUGGCUUAAGUUCUGCAUCUUCUCCAGUGGUCAAGCGAAAUCAGGAAUGUAAAUAUGAACCUAUGAUGAGCGGUACCUCGUUGAUGAACUGGGAUGAAUAUGGAUACAGGCUUUAUGCUAUUGAGGAAGGAUCUUCAGAGAGAAUAGUUGCAUUCUCUUUUGGAAAGUAUUGUCUGAACAGAGGAGUCUCUGGGACUACUUAUGUCCGACAAGUAAUCUAUGGUGAAGAUCGAUUGCUUGUUGUGCAGUCAGAAGAUACUGAUGAACUAAAACUCUUGCAUCUUAGCCUACCAGUUUCCUACAUCUCUCAGAAUUGGCCAGUUCAACAUGUGGCUGCUAGCAAGGAUGGAAUGUACUUAGCAGCUGCUGGCCUUCAUGGACUGAUCUUAUAUGACAUAAGAUUGAAAAAGUGGAGAGUUUUUGGAGAUGUCACGCAGGAACAAAAGAUCCAGUGCAGAGGCUUGUUAUGGCUUGGGAAGAUUGUUGUUGUCUGCAACUAUGAUGAUUCUUCUGACGGGUAUGAAUUACUUUUCUAUCCCAGAUAUCACCUUGAUCAGAGUUCACUUCUAUGUCGGAAACCUUUACUUACCAAACCUAUAGUCAUGGAUGUGUACCAAGAUUAUCUUCUUGUCACUUACCGACCUUUUGAUGUCCAUAUUUACCAUGUGAAGUUAUCUGGUGAACUAACACCUUCGAGUUCUCCCAAUUUACAGCUUUCUACAGUACGAGAGCUAUCAAUCAUGACUGCAAAGAGCCAUCCUGCAUCAAUGCGUUUUAUUCCUGAUCAGCUCCCAAGAGAAGGCGUUGCAAGAAAUGGUGGCCUGUCCACUUCUUUGGAUCUGUCAGUCCGAGAGCCUACCCGAUGCUUAAUACUAAGGACAAAUGGAGAGCUUUCACUUCUUGAUUUGGAUGAGGGGAGAGAAAGAACACUCACGGAUUCUGUAGAGUUGUUUUGGGUUACCUGUGGUCAGUCAGAGGAGAAAGCAAGCUUGAUUGAGGAAGUUUCAUGGUUAGACUAUGGCCACCGUGGAAUGCAGGUUUGGUAUCCAUCCCCUGGUGCUGAUGUUUUUAAGCAAGAGGAUUUUUUGCAGUUGGAUCCGGAGCUGGAAUUUGAUCGUGAGGUUUAUCCUCUUGGUUUGCUUCCAAACGAUGGAGUUGUAGUUGGUGUCUCCCAGAGAAUGUCAUUUUCCGCAUGUACAGAGUUUUCAUGUUUUGAGCCAUCACCUCAAGCUCAGACUAUUUUGCAUUGCCUACUUCGACAUCUUCUACAGAGGGAUAAAAAGGAAGAAGCUCUAAGAUUGGCACAAUUAUCAGCAGAGAAGCCACAUUUUUCGCACUGCUUAGAGUGGCUCCUUUUUACUGUGUUUGAAGCCGACAUUUCUGGGAGCAAGAAUCAGAGUGUGAUUCCCAACCAUUCAACAAAUUCCUCACUUCUGGAUAAGACAUGUGAUUUGAUUAAAAAUUUUCCGGAGUACUUUGACGUCGUCGUUAGUGUUGCAAGAAAGACUGAUGGCCGGCAUUGGGCAGAUUUAUUUGCUGCUGCCGGGAGAUCGACUGAGCUAUUUGAGGAAUGCUUCCAAAGCAGAUGGUAUCGAACUGCCGCUUGCUAUAUACUAGUAAUUGCUAAGCUUGAAAGUCCAGCUGUAAGUCAAUAUUGUGCAUUGCGUUUGUUGCAGGUAAUCACGUGCAGAUGUAAUGAAUCUUGGCUUUUAAUCCAUGCAACAUUGGAUGAGUCUUUAUACGAACUGGCAGGGGAACUGGUGAGGUUUCUUCUCAGAUCUGGACGGGAAUAUGAACCCACAACCACUGAUUCUGAGAAGCUAUCUCCUAGAUUCUUUGGAUAUUUUCUGUUUCCCUCUAGUUACCGGAGGCAAACUUUGGAGUCCAAAGGUUCAUUUAAGGAGCCGAGUGCACAUGUUGCUUCUGUUAAGAAUAUUUUAGAAAGUCAUGCAAGCUAUUUGAUGUCUGGAAAAGAACUGUCAAAGCUUGUUGCGUUUGUGAAGGGCACGCAGUUUGAUCUCGUGGAAUACUUGCAGCGAGAAAGAUAUGGAAGUGCUCGUUUGGACAAUUUUGCUUCAGGCUUUGAACUUAUCGGGCAGAAGCUUCAGAUGGGAACGUUGCAAAGUCGUUUAGAUGCAGAGUUCCUUUUGUCUCAUAUGUGCUCUGUGAAGUUCAAAGAGUGGAUUGUAGUACUGGCCACACUUUUGAGGCGGUCUGAGGUCUUAUUUGACUUAUUUCAGCAUGAUUUGCGCUUGUGGAAAGCAUAUAGCAUUACUUUAAAGACCCAUCCGUCAUUUGUCGAAUACCAUGACUUGCUUGAAAGUUUGGAUGAAAAGCUUUCAUCCACUUCAAAUUCAGAAGAGACAUGAUCUAUAUGGAUGGAUGUAAAGAGUCCUUGGACAGCUUGAAAUGGUUAAAAGAGCUUCCGGUGAGAUCUUCUACUUCAAGCUUUAACCGCACCAACUUGAAAGCAGCAUAAACGUCUACUGCUCUAUUGAGAAGGUGGUUGAGUGGCUCUGCAAAACGCCCGAGAUGAGAUUUUCGGUUCUUGUUCUUCUGACCAGAUCUGUGUCCUGCAGAAAUUUAUUUUGUAGAUAGGCUUAUCAUUGCUCUUAGUUCUUUGGUUUCCAUAGUCCUUUGUAUCAAAUUUUAGCAUUGUCCUUAAGGGUGUGGGUGAUCAUAAUGAAAAGGGCCACCUCUUGUAUGAAAGAUCUGAUCUUCUGAUAAAUCGAGAAUAGAGAUGAUUUUGUGCA